AUGAUGUGGACAACCCCCGCGUGGGUGCCGGAUGAAGCGGUUUUCAAGACGCUCUACUACGCCAGUUCAGAGUCAGAGAGUCCAGAGGUCAAGCUCGACGUGACCGGUGCCCCGAUUGGCGGGCAAAGUUUUAUCUGUUAUGCAACCUCGGAAGAUGGUGUGAACUGGGAGAAACCGGUAUUGGGGCUUCACGAUUACGAUGCCCUCACAUGGCGCGGAACCGCGAUUGGCAAAGAGAACAACAUCUUGCCUACAGGUGUACCGCUCGGACCGAUCUACGACCCCCAUGACCCUGAUGAACAACGUCGCUACAAAGGGGUGGGAUGGGGAAAAGGAGGCGGACUGACACCAGCAAUCUCCCCAGACUGUCUCCACUGGACAUACCUUGAUGUGCCACUUGUUCCAAGCUCGGACGAGGCACACUUCUCUUAUGAUCAAGAGAAUAGGCUAUUUAUUGCUACCGUCAAACACAGUGGACCUGAUGGUCGGUCGCCUUACGGACGCAGUUUCUGUUUGAGUACCAGUGAAGACUUUGAAAACUGGAGCGGGUUGGAACUCAUUUUUCACGCCGACCAGAUUGAUCAGGAGAACGGGGAAGAACGGAUACGAAAAUUUAUUGAGGAUCCCGAUUAUCUUACCCCGAUAUACAACCGACCUGAGGAAUGGCGUACCGACGUUUACAAUUUUCCCGUAUUUCGCUACGAGGGUCUGUAUCUGGGGCUACCUGUGAUGCACCACUGGACGGGCAAGCAUCCACCGCUUUACGAAAACGUGGACAGUCGUAAGUCGGUGGAACUGGCUUCGAGUCGAGAUCUACGGCAGUGGGAGCGUGUCGCGAAUCGCACGCCAUUUAUCGAGUUAUCACCGAUAGGGGAUGGCAGUGCUUACGAUACAGGACAGAUCUCGGUUGUCAACGGUCCGAUCAGACGCAACAAUGAGCUAUGGUUCUACUAUCUCGGCGUUCGGCACCGCAGCCAGCCGCUGGUGGACGUAAUGAACAGAAAAUACCUCAAUAAUUUCGCCAUGGCACUCGCAAAACUCCGCGUUGACGGUUUUGUGUCGCUCAAAGGUGGGGUCGAAUGGGGAUCGGUGCUGACCAAGCCCGUCGUUGUGGAAGGUAGAGAACUACGCGUGAAUGUGGAUUCUUGGCGCGGCAGGGUUAAGGUAGAGGUUCUCAAUGCCGAUGAUGGACACCCGCUCCCAGGAUACACCUUCGACGAAAGUAUCCCGGCGAUGGUUGAUAGUAUUGACGAACCGCUGCGCUGGAAAGAGAAGGUUGACCUCGCUGAACUUCGCGGUAGAACUGUGCGCCUCCGCUUUUCCCUACUCCGGUCAGAACUUUAUGCCUUCUGGUUGACCGACUGA